AUGGCGAAUUUCAGGGAACAACUUUCCUCUGUUGGAAGAAUGUUCAACAAAACCCUCGCCUUCUCCGUAGCCCUCAUCGCCAUCUCCCAAUUCAAUUUUGGCUUUGAUCAGCAGGCGUACUCGACGACCCAAGCUAUGGAUCAUUUCGAACGCCAGUUUGGCACCUACAGCGAAAAGCUUGGGCGAUACACCAUUGAGCCGUAUGAACUGUCGCUCUUGAACAGUUUGCCCUAUCUCGGGUUCGUCCUGGGCUUGCUCACUGGCAGCGAAAUGAGCGCCCGCUACGGCCGUCGCAUAGUCAUGUUUGUUAUGAGCAUCUACGCUCUUUGCACCGCGGCCAUUACCUUCUCCUCAAGGUCCUUCGCCCAAAUCCUGGCGGCAAGAAUUCUCAACUUUCCGGUCUUCCAAUCCGAGAUCGUUCCAAAGCAGGUCAGAGGUUUAGUUGUCGAAACGUAUCAGCUGAUGCUUUACCUCGGGGGCUUUAUCAUGAGCCUAAUUUGCUUCGGCACUGAAAAGUUCGACGACAACCGACAAUGGCAGAUACCCUUCGGCAUGUUCUUCAUCAUCCCAACCAUUGUCGCAACCGCCAUUUGGUUCAUUCCUGAGUCUCCCAGAUGGCUUCUCUUGAAGGGUCGUGAAGAGGAAGCCGUGGCUUCGCUACGUAAACUCCGAGACGGGUGCUUCACCAACGAAGAAAUCGACAAAGAGAUGGACGGGUUGCGCAUUAUACUUGCCCAAGAGGAAGACAAGGGUACCUUCAUGGACCUCUGGAAACCCAUCAACAUGAAGCGUACCUUGAUCACCAUCGGCAUCAACUUCUUCCUGCAGCUUACGGGUAAUAUCUUUGCCAACAAGUACGGCACAGUCUACAUCAAGUCUCUGGGAUCUGUUGAUCCGUUCACUAUGACAGUCAUCAAUCAAGUCGUUAACCUAUUUGGGGUUGUGGUUUCAAUGGCUCUCGUGGACAGAGUCGGUCGACGACCACUUUUGCUCCUCGGCUCAUUUAUUCAGCUUGCUUCACUAUACACAAUGGCCGGACUUGGUGUUGGAGAGACUUCAGCCCCCAUCCGUGUUGGCAUCGUAGCGAUGCUUACUGUCUUCGGUUUUGGUUUCUCCGUUGGCUGGGCACCGGUGUCACAUAUUCUCUCUGCCGAGAUUCCACCGACUCGUCUCCGAGAUAUGACUUAUCGGACGGCAUCGACUGUCAACAUUUUAGUCCAAUUCGCUACUAGCUUUUCUAUCCCCUAUCUUCUCAACGAACCCUACGCUGCCCUCGGAUCCAAAGUCGGUUUCAUCUUCGGUAGCGCUGCUGUUCUUGCAGCCAUUUUUGCCUACUUUUGCGUCCCCGAGUGUAACCACCGGACGCUGGAGGAAAUCGACGAACUUUUCCGCGAGGGCGUUCCCGUCCGCCACUUUAGCAGGGUCAAGGAGAUUACGGUGGGCGGACAUACUUUCAAUGAUGGUAAAUGGGAUGAUGAUGAGAACGGAAAGGCGACAGUCGUUACGGUGAAUAGCAGGAUCUCUUGA